UUAGAUAAACAAGGAGCUGUCCAACAACAAGUGUGGAAGUGGAUCCGUAAAUCAGCAGCUAAUGUCAUUCUGGACCCCAGAACAGCGCAUCCUAAUCUUACCGUUUCUGAGGACGGCAAACAAGUGAGAUUCAGUGACCACCUCCUACCUGACAGCCCACUGAGGUUCAAAAAUUGGUACGGGAUCCAGGGAAAAGAGAGUUUCUCUUCAGGGAGACAUUACUAUGAAGUUCAGGUUGGGUCAAAGACAUGUUAUGCUGUUGGUUUUGCAAAAGAGUCUGUCAAAAGGAAGGAGAAUUUUAAUGAAACCUCAGAGGAAGGCUUCUGGACAUUUACACGGCAGAGGGGGUAUGAGGUUUCUACAACCCCUCCCAGCUCCCUCUCUCUGAAUGAGCCCCCUAACAAGGUGGGGGUUUAUGUGGACUAUGAGAGGGGGCAGGUUUCCUUUUACAAUGCGGACACCAGGUUCCAUAUCUACUCUUUUAAUGGUUACAACUUCAAAGAGAAACUCUAUCCAGCUCUAAAUCCCUGUAAAAGUUUGACAGUUCCACUGAUCAUCUCUCCUGUCAGUCACACAGACUGAUCUGAAACAGCAGUUUCCAAACAGACAAAGAUUAGUGACAAUCUGAUUAUUAUAAUAAUAUUGGUCUUAUUUUUUUGUUUGCAAUUAUUCUGUAUGUCUGCUGUUAAAAAGAAUCAUGGUUA